AUGCAUCACGGCAAAUGGACCUCAGAGGAAGAGGCCUACGUUGAGGUCUUGACAGAGGCAUUCAAGGCUGGCAUAGUGCCAAUUCCUGAGGGCGCGACCCUUCGUGUAUUCCUUGCAAGUAUGCUAAACUGCCCAACGAAGCGCAUCUCAAAGAAAUUUGUCGGUACGAAUUAUCAUGGCAAGAGGGCCUACGUUCGUAAGCGUGUUGGAGAGUACGAUCCCGAGGUUGCCAAGGGUAUCCGCGAGCGAUUGCGUGAGAUGGAAGGAAGGUUCAUCAAGUCCCUGAAACCUCAGAAGCGAACUCCCCAGCGACCACUACAAAAGGAGGAACCCGCAGAGACAAAGAGGGUAUUCGAAGCGAGGUCUGAAGAUCCCACUGACAUGCUCAGAUCACCUCUUGGGGCGCGCCCUCAGGGACAUUCGCAACGUGUGAAAAUCUCCUUGGCCGUUCCAGCAGCCAAACCAGCAGUGACAGGAACUGUCGGCCAGGCAACGAACACCCCCCUCCUGGGGCGCUUCGAAGAAUGUCUCCGGGCUGCAAUGGAGAAUCUGAGGACCAAACCGGCCCCCGCCACGACCGCAGCAACAUUGUUCACGAAGACGAGCAACGAACCAGCGACUGGAACGUCAACUAAUGACUUCAUUCUCGCUAUGCUUAAUCAGAGACUUCCUCCCCCAACCGCAUCGUUGCAGACACUGGAUGCAGCGACCGGUCCCUCAUCGAAAGCGUUCACGAACUCUCUUUUCCGCAGCCUCCAACUCCAACAGAAAUUGGGCAACACCACCGCGCAGUUGAAGGCGGCCAUGGGACCUCCCACCAUGCCCAAGAACUAA